AGUUUCCGAAUAACCGAUCAUGUCUCGUGGCCAGAUGAUCAAUUAAAGCCCCGCCCGCUUCGGGCCUGUCUCUAGGGCUGAUUGGCAGCUCAGUACGAGCAACUGGAGUACAGGUAGGCGCAAGGCAGCAGUGGCAGGCUUUCACAGCCUCAUCCGAAGAAACCUUGGGAGUCGGGCAGUGAUGAUCUGGCAAGAUUGACCAUGCCCAGAUACACCAGAGCGGAUGUAUAAAACCACCCACCAUGACAACCUCAUCCUCGCCCAUCCCGCACAUCCAGCUGCUCUGCAUCGACGAGGCCUUUGCCAGCGCAUUCGAGGCCGCCCGCGUCAAGCACAAGCUGCCAGCCACCGUCAGCAUCACCCACCACUCGGACCGCCUCGCAGACCUCCCCGCCAGCGUCAAGUUCGACACCAUCGUCUCCCCCGCAAACUCGUACGCCCGCCUCGACGGCGCCUUUGACGACGCCAUCUCCCGCGCCUUCUCCCCCAUCGCCGCCGGCAACUUUGGCACCCAGGACUACCUCGCCCUGACCCACGCCGCCCAGAAGGUCGUCUACGACAGGUACCGCGGCUUCGCGCCGCCGGGGACGUGCACCCUCAUCCCCAUCCCGGCCGAGUUCGACGGGCGCAACAGGAACGUCUGGGGCACGCGCCGCGUGGCGCUGUGCCCGACCAUGCGCUGCCCGACGGUCGUCAAAUGGGACAGGGAGAUCGUCUACGAGUGCGUGUGGAGCCUGCUGUGCGAGGUGGACAACCACAAUCGCCGCGUCCGGCAGCGCAGCAGCGCAGAUCACAAGAAUAACGAUGACGACAGCGACAAUGAGGAGAUCAGGAGCAUCCUCAUGACCCCGUUGGCCACCGGCGUCGGUCGGGUCAGCGCCGAGAGAUGGGCCGCCCAGGUGGUGCUCGCGAUGAAGCAUUUCGCCCAGGCUUGCAAGAACCCAGACAAGUGGAGCAAGCUGGACUGGGCGGAUUUCGGCGUCUCAGCGGCCGAGGUGCAGUUGACAUGGGAUCUCUAGAAUACCAAGUAGCUCAGACACAGCAGUACUCGGCAACCUACGUGGGCCACAGCGCACUCACUGA